AUGCGCAACGCGAAUCUGAUGCCAAUAUUAAGUUUCGACAGGAGGUGCAGACCCAGAUACGAGAUUAUCAAAGUAAUAGUGAUCGCAGUAUUCAGGCAGCUGUUGGUGAAAUAUGCAAGACUAUCAGAGACGCAGUACGCGCUGCGACGCAGGAAACAGAAGAACUGA